AUGCCUUCAUGCCAUUGUUGUCCCAACAAAACCCAUCCUUUAGUUUCUCGGAUUUCCCAUGGAUUCCAUCACAAAACAUGUUUCUUGUCUCGAGAAAGAGUCUUCGCUAUUGGGUUUAAGCCAAUCGGUUCUUCAGCAAAUUUAUACACUUUCUCCGUUUUAUUUAUCGACAUUUUUGAAAACAGCAUCGUCGUUUGGUUGGUUAAUGAUGAUUCUCCGGUGACUGGAAAGUCAUUUCUUGUAGUUGGCAACAACGACGAGCUUCGAUUACCAAACUAUUUGGGUCAAAACUUGUUGUCAAGACCGCCGUCAGCGGCUAGUGUUUCAAAUUCGACAAGGCUGGAACUGGAAGAUAUGGAAUAUCUUGAUUCGAAUAAAAUAUUUCAGGUGGUUCUUGUGCUGUUGAUAUUAAAAUGGAACAGUGUACGUUCUCUGACCGUUGACGUGAUGGAUUAUGGAGCUGUCGGAGAUGGAGUGACCGAUGAUUCCCAAGCUUUUGAGAAGACAUGGGAAGCAGCAUGUGGAUCAAGCUCGGGUUCUGCUGUCUUUAAUGUACCAAAGGGGAAGAAGUUCUUGCUCAACCCCACUAAAUUUCAAGGUCCAUGCAAGUCGCCUAAUCUCAAUUUCAUGAUGGAGGGUGAAAUAAUUGCUCCAAAUGAUAUAUCAUAUUGGAGAAGUCAUUACGUUCCGACGUGGCUAACCUUUGAACAAGUGAAUGGGCUCGUUGUCAAUGGAAAUGGCCUAUUCGACGGCCAAGGAGCUGUUUGGUGGAAGCUCGUCCCAGAUCCGUGUCAAAGACCUACCGCAUUGGGAUUUUCGUCAUGCAAUAACCUCGAACUGAGUGGAUUAACGCACAUCAACAGCCCCAGAAACCACAUCUCAAUAAACUUAUGCACAAAUGUAACCGUCGCAAGUCUACACAUAACCGCCCCUGAAACCAGCCACAACACCGAUGGCAUCGACAUCGCUUCUUCGGUCAACGUUCAAAUUCACGAUUGUGAUAUCGGAACAGGCGAUGAUUGUAUUGCGAUUAACAGCGGGUGCAAAUAUAUAAACAUUACCGGGGUGAAUUGUGGACCGGGCCACGGCAUAAGCGUUGGAAGCUUGGGGAUGGAAGGUAGCGUUGCAGAAGUGGAAGAAAUACACGUACAACACUGUACUUUCAGUGGAACCCAAAAUGGAGCAAGGAUCAAAACGUGGCCAGGUGGAUCUGGAUUUGCAAGGAACAUUGUGUUCCAAGAUAUAACUCUCGUCGAUGCUUUUAAUCCUAUCUUUAUUGACCAAUACUACUGUUUCCCUGGUCAACCCUGUCAAAAUCAGACAUCGGCUGUCAAGGUGAGCGAUAUUUGGUUCAAUGGGUUUCGAGGGACAUCGAUGAGUGAAGCGGCGGUGAAUCUGGAUUGCAGUAAGACCGUGGGAUGCACUCAAAUCUUAUUAGAUCACAUCAAUAUAACAGCAGGUGCUCAGGGCAUGGUUGUUGGUUCCUCUUGCACCAACGCUUAUGGAAGAGAUUCUGGAUCUAUCCCUCCAGUUGAUUGCUUGUUACCCUAAAAUCUUAAUUCUCAAUCUGUUUUUUUUUUCUUUCUUUUUUUAUAUUGCAUCCAAGUUCAACUGAUGCCGAAAA